AUGUCAAUUCUGCAUCUGUUGACUCCGUCAUUGAUUGUUACGGUGUCCAUAAUAUGUCUUGGUGCCCUCCAAUUUGGAUACCAUAUGGCGGAGCUUAACUCCCCUGAAGCAAUCAUCACUUGCCGCGUUUCUAAUCCAGGAAAUGUUCCAUAUUCGGAAUCUUGGUUUGGUAAACAUGGAUUUGUAAGAUGUCUCCCACUUGACCCAAAUCAAGUUGGAGAAAUUACUUCAAUUUUCAGUUUGGGAGGUUUGAUUGGAUCUUUCUUUGUUGGGAAUAUUUCGGAUAGAAUUGGUCGUAAAAGAACCGGAUUGUGUCAUUGUGUAAUAUUCCUUGUUGGUUCCACCUUGAAUGCCUUUGCCAACACUUAUUUCACGAUUUUGACCGGUAGAUUUAUUGCUGGUAUUGGUGCAGGUGCAGCCUUGGCAAUUGGCCCUGUUUAUAUCAAUGAAGUGGCCCCUCUGGAAGUUAAAGGAUUAUUAGGUUCAAUGAAUCAAGUAUCAGUCAAUAUUGGAAUUCUCCUUACCCAAACUUUGGCAUUAUUUUGGUGUGAUAAUAAUAAUUGGAGAUUACUUUUACUCACUGGAUCGGUAUUAUCAUUCAUUAACUUUAUUGCCAUUUUAUUCUUUGUUGAAGAAUCACCAAUGUGGCUCUUCAAUAAUGGUUAUAAAAGUAAAGCAUAUCAAACUUUACAUAAUUUAAGAGGCGGUGAAUACAUUCAUGCACGUAAUGAAGUCAAUAGUUGGAGUCCACAUGAUUCUGUGUCUAAUUCUGAAGAAUCAGACGAACUUUUAUCAAAUGGAGUAGAAGAUGAAUCCAACCUUCUUGAUACUACAUCAACACCGGCUAUUAGUCUUGCAACAUAUCUUAAAGAUCCUGAAUAUCAAAAUUCAAGAGUAGUAUCGACUGGUAUAUUAAUUGCUCAACAAUUCUGUGGAAUUAAUUCUAUUAUCUUUUAUGGAGUUUCUGUUCUUGUGUCUGUAUUUCCUGAUUAUGCAAUUUUAAUUAAUUGUUUGAUUUCCAUUGUUAAUGUUGUGGUUACAUUUGCCGCUGCUCCAUUGAUUGACAAGUUAGGAAGAAAACCAUUACUUUUAAGUUCUGUUACAGUUAUGGGAUUGCUGUCGAUCUUAAUGGGGAUUGGUAUAAUCACUGGUAGUCCUGUUGUUUCAAUUAUUGGUACAUUUAGUUAUGUAAGUUUCUUUGCCAUUGGAUUAGGUCCAAUUCCUUUCCUUCUCGUUAGUGAAGUUACACAGCCUAAGGUUAAGGCAGUUGCUCAAAGCUGGGGGACUUCUUGCAACUGGUUUGCAACUGGAAUUGUAGGUCUUGUGUUCCCAAUCUUGAAGAGUUCUUGGAUCGGAGGAGGUGUUUAUUUUAUAUUUGCAUUCUUCUGUGUUGCUACUUAUUGGUUUAUUAAGAACUUUAUUCCAGAAACAAAGGGCUCAAAGAGUUAUGAUGAAGUUUGGGGUCAACCAAGAAUUGAUUAA